UACUUGAGAUGGUUGAGUCGGUGUUAUUAUACAAUAUUUGUUAUUACUUUUAAUUUCCCUUUCUGAGUUUUGGAUUAGUAUAUGUAUAAUGAAAUUACUUGAAAAGCAGCCAUUUUGGCUACGUUGGCUUCGCUGGCCUCGACCGAGUGACGUAUGGCAUAUUCUCAGAUAAUAAUUUCCUGAGUGAUGAACCAUGGAGCAUGCUCAGAUUCAGACUGCGGAUGGGUCACAAGUGAUGACCAUCAACGGACAACAACUACAAGUUUUACAGAUGAAUAACAGCCCCCAUAUGAUACAGGGCCCAAAUGGACAACAUAUUGUAAUACACUCCAUACCAUCCUCGGCACCUACCAUACAGGUGGCAGCCCCAAAUGGCCAGCAAUUACAACAAUUACAAGUUUUGCCUUUGUCGAGUCUUCAAGGAACAAGUAGCAAUAUUCAACCCAUGCAGCUUGUCCAGACACCAGAUGGACAGACGUAUAUAUAUCAACCUACGGCAGGAACUUCCCAACCACAGAUUGAUCAACACCAAAUUAUACACCAGCCAGGCACACUUAUCAACCUGAAUGGAAAUCUUGUCCAAGUUGCUGGUGUUGGCAAUGCUGUACAACCACAACAAAUUGUUAAUCAACCCAACAUUGUAAUGAUGGUAAAUGGAAAUAGCGGUGCAACAACUUCUACAGCAUCAUCAGAAGGGGCUGCAUCCUCAACCGCAGGCUCAGAUGAUGAGCCUCUAUUAUAUGUGAACGCUAGACAGUAUAAGCGUAUAUUGAGGAGACGUGCUGCAAGAGCCAAGCUGCAUGAACAGGGGAAGAUACCUAAAGAGAGACCUAAAUACCUUCAUGAGUCAAGACAUAGACAUGCUAUGAAUAGAAUAAGGGGAGAAGGUGGUCGGUUCAACUCAGGCAGCAGGAAGUUAGCAAAUAUGGAACAAUCGGACCAGACCUCAGAUACACAAAAGAUGCUAGAAGACAUCAAGCCAGAUACAGUUUCUAUCACAAUAAUUCAGGAUGAAGAGUUGCAAGAAAACCAAACAACAUGGCGGCGACUCGCACCACAACCGUUAACGUCCACAUAGCAGUAUGAAUUGGACUACAACCAACCAAAGUAAAUAAACAGGCUUUUGAUGCCAAUGUUGGAUGAAAUCACAAAGGAACAUUACAACAGUUUGCAUUUGUGAACUUGAUCAAAGUUUCAAAAUCACAAUUAUAUUGUAAAUAGUUAAGUGACAAAUUCGAGAACUGAAUAUUUAUGGCUACUGGUAAUUUAUAAUUAAGCUGUAUGAAAAUAUUUUAAAAUUUUACUUUGAUAUCUCGAUUAAUAGAUAAAACGUUAUAAUUGAUUUAAAUAAAGUUUUAUAUGACACUUAUUUCAAAAGUGCUCAAGACUGAUAUAUUAUGUCAGGAUUCGAACCUGCUAUUUCUAUGUGGGUCAUAUUAACUAAAAAAUUUUAGCUAAUUUAUAAAAUGAAAUGUUUUUUUUAAAGUAAUAUUUUUUAAUAAAUUAAAUACAUACAUAUAUUUUAGAUAAACAAUAAAAUUACCAAAAAAUAACCGUAUUACUAAUCGCCAAUCAGUUCAGAAAAUAAUUUUCUGCAAUAUAGGAAUCUGGCUUUGUUUAAUGAAUUCCUAGUAACAAUAGAUUUGAAUUAUGGUGUUUUGAAUAUUUAGUGUAUUAAGUUUUUAUUUAUAAUUGUUAAAUCUUUUUUCCAUAUUAUACUGUGUGUUUACAAUUUAAAAGUAUUUAAGUGUAUGUAAUUAUAAUUAUUUAUAAUUACUGCAGAUCAUAAUGUUGUUCAAGUUAAGAUUAUGCUGUCCAAAAAUAAUAAGGAUACCAGUUUUCUGAUGAAACAAGUCAUUUAUUGUUCUUUUUAUUUAGUUGUACAAUUUAUGAUUAAGUAUAUGAGACCAAAUGUCUUGAUUAUUACAUUAGGAUAGGACUGGUAAAGUAUUUUUCUGACAAUUCAUUCUGUAACACAUAUCUAAUAUUUAAGACAGAAUAUUUAUAGUAAUAAAAAAGAAUAGGUCUAUGUAAUAAGUGUGGGAUUCAACUAUAGUACUUCAUUAUUUCCAAAUUUUUGUUACACUGGAAGUUUAGUUAUAAAAUGUUACGGUUUUUUUUUUCAUUUUAAAUCAUUGUAUUUUUUCACAAAUUAUAUAUUUUUAAUACAUCGUCAUAAAUCAUUGAUGAAAUAAUUGUGGUCUAAUAUCACUAUAUAACUAUAUCAAUAUAUAUAUAUAUA